UGAUGGGUUUGUAAGAGAUGGCUGUGAGGGGUUUGCAAGAGAGGGGUGUAAGAGGUCUGCAAGAGAGGGCUGUAAGAGAGUCUGCAAGAGAUAGCUGUAAGGGGUAUGUGAGAGACAGCUGUGAGGGAUUUGUAAUAGAAGGCUGUGAGGGGUCUGAAAGAGAGGGCUGUAAGAGGUCUGUAAGAGAGGGCUGUGAGGGGUGUGCAAGAGAGGGCUGUAAGGGAUCUGCAAGAGAUGGCUGUAAGGUGUUUGUAAGAGAAGGCUGUGAGGGGUCUGUAAGAGAUGGCUGUAAGGGGUCUGCAACAGAGGGUUGUAAGAGGUCAGCAAGAGACAGCUGUAAGGGGUCUGCAAGAGACGACUGUGAGGGUUCUGCAAGAGAGGGCUGUGAAGGGUCUGUACGAGAUGGUUGUGGGGGGUCUCCAGAGAAGGCUGUGAGGGGUCUGCAUGAGAGGGCUGUGAGGGUUUGCAAGAGAUGGCUGUGGGGGGUCUUUCAGAGAAGGCUGUGAGGGUCUGUAAGAGACGAAUGUAAGGGGUCUUUAAUUAAGAGAGGCCUGUGAGGGGUCUGUAAGAGAGGGCUGUGAGGUGUCUGUCAGAGAAGGAUGUGAGGUAUCUGUCAGAGAAGGCUGUGAGGGGUUGUAGCCUGCUUUUCUUGAUACCUUAGUGUUAAAGGGUUGAAAGGGUUUAAAGUAUAUCUCAAAUUUAAUUGGUUCAUAACCAUUACUUAAAAUAAGAGAACCUCAAGGACUACAUGUCAGACGUAUUUUAGGUAAGGUUAGUCAGCAAGUGUUUCACAAGCCACUCAAAUGGUGGGACAAUAGUUAAUCUAUAACAUCAGCUGAUAAUCAGCCAAUAGAGUGUCACGAUGGUCUGCAAAUAGUUGAAUGAUGGUUGGCCUUAGGUCAUCCCACACAAUACAGAAGUCUGCUGAUUUCUUAAUGAGAUGAUAGUCAGCAGAUAAAUGUCUUGGCAGGGACAUCUGUUGACUAUUGGUCAACUGGUAGCUGAUCAUGACCAUCAGCCAACCAUCAGUUGAAUGCUGGUCAACUAUCAAACAACUGCUGACUAGCAUAUUAAUCAACUAUGUUGACCUAUAUAUCCACCAGUAUGUUGAUUAAGGCCACUUGAAUUUAUCCUGAUCUCCUACCUGAACAACCUGCCUCAUUCUGUUGGUUGAAGUUGGAUGGAAGUAAA